GUGUAAUUCAAUGAAAUGGGUUACAAAGCAUAAAAACCCGGAGCACGCUCCCUCCUCCGAUUCCUGGUCGAUAGCGAGGCGGCCUAAUCACCUGGCCUGAAUACGGUUUUGUUCAGCUUUUUUCUUUUUUCUCGAAAAUACUUUCACUCACUUUUGCCUGCUGUAAUGACCAAUGUGAGCUUGGAGUCAAGCAGCUCCCGACGCGUCGGUUGUCAGCCAUUGUGGCCACAACAGAAGGCGGACUUGGUUGCCAACAUCGUUAGCUUGGCCAGUAGCCGUGCCGUGCAGUUGGUCAGUUCCAAUCGUAACGGCACUUUGAGCAGACGCGCGCGUUCCAUCAAAGUCAACUAAAGGUCAUAGCUUACCCAUUGCAUAGGUCUACUAAUUUUUGAAUAUCCAGAGACGAGAAACUAUUUUUAAACGACUCUAUUGGACUUUGACUUCUUAAUGAGAAUCAAAAUGCGCGCCUGUGGACCCAGCUUAAUCAAAUAUAUUCUAUUUGCCUUCAAUGUUCUAUUUGCGCUUUCUGGCUUGGGCAUUUUGGUGGCCGGCGCCAUCGUUCUGGCCGAUGUCCGCGAGUUCAAUCACUUUGUGGAGGGACGCGUGAUGGCGCCGCCCAUUGUGCUGAUCGUCACGGGGCUGGUCAUAUUUCUGAUUGCCUCGCUGGGCUGCUUUGGUGCCAUCAAGGAGUCGCCCACGCUGCUUCUAACGUAUGCCGUGCUGCUGGCCAUCAUCUUCAUCGUUGAGCUGGCCGUGGGCAUUGCGGCGAGCGUUUUCAAGAAGGAUCUGGAGGGCAUGCUGAAGAACUCGCUGCAGGAGUCCAUCAAGCGCUCCAACAGCGAGGACACCAUCGCCUGGGACAAUGUGCAGCGCAAGCUGAUGUGCUGCGGCGUGGACACCCCGGCCGACUGGCGUGCCCUCAGCCUGAACAAGACGCUGCCGGCCAGCUGCUGCCAGCCGCAGUUCAUUGACGCCGCCGUCGGGCACUGCACCGAGUCUCCGGCCCUGGGCAAGGACAAGUACUACCAGGAGGGCUGCGUCGGCAAGCUGAAGGAGCGCAUCGAUAAGAACGCCGUUAUCCUGAUUGGAGUUGGCAUCGGCAUCGCCUUCAUACAAAUUCUGGGCAUUGUGCUCGCCUGCUAUCUGGCCUCGGUCAUACGGCACACGCGCCAAUCGAACUAAGGAUCAGCCAGGAUCUAGUUAAACUCUAUGUUAUUUUAUUAUAUAUUAUGGAUCUCAUGUCUGUCCGCUUAAAUAUAUAUCUAUAUAUAUAUUACUAUGUAUAAAAGCUAUAUUCUGUGCACUAGCUAAAACUUUCUGCUAAGCUAUUUAAAUUCUAAACUCUUCAAAGCAUGCGAAAUUUUCUAAAGUACUCAAUGAGUAAAGCGAGGGUCGCUCAGCAUGUUAAUUAAAACUCCAUAAAUCCAAUUUGUUAUUUUUUCUUCAACUUUUUUCCAACUCUUGCGACAUUUACAUUUUAUUAAACUAUCCAUAGUCAAAAUUAUAUUCUCUUCAAGUAUUUAAAUCUUUUCAGACAGAAUACUUUAUUUGAGAAAAAUUUAAUGAAGCUCAAACUUUUGUUAGCUCAAAACUUUCUCUUGCUAAAUGCAUCUAAUUUUCAACUACAAGCCCAUCUAAAGAAAUUGCAAAAACAAAAAUAAAAAUAUAUUAUAUCAAAAUAUAUAUAUAUCAUAAUAUAUCAAAAUAUUUGAAUAAUCCAACUUCCCUACAACUCACUGAGCGAGCCUCGUACUCAAUAUGAAAACGCAACAAAUCAUUCGAAAUUCCUAAACUUUUCGAUAUUUCAGCUAUUUUCCUAGUCAUAAGCCAAGCUCAACUACCGAACAUCCUGAGCCGCCCCUUCGAUACUCUGCUUUACAGGGUAUUCGCGCGGCCGUCGUAGUCUUAACUUUUGCUUUCUAUGCAUACGUAUUUUUAUUGAAUAAAUCAAUUUGCUCCAUA